AUGGUGCGCUGCCCCGGCCGGCUGGGCGGGGGGGCCGAGCCGGCGCGGCCCGGCGUCGCCGUCAUCGACCUCCGCUUCCCCCGCGGCGCCGCCGCCGACGUGCAGGAGAUCGUCUUCAGGAACUUCUACACGGCCUUCCUGAGCGUGCGGGUGCAGCGCCCCGGCCCCGCCGGCUCCCGCCGCUGGGUGACCUGCCUGCGGGACUACCGCCUGAUGCCCUGCCCGCACACCGAGGAGGGCUCCCAGGACUACUUCUCCCUCCGCCGCCACCAGAUGCUGUGUGACGUGGACCAGGUGACGGCGGUGCGGUUCAUCCUGCGGCAGCCCUCCCCGGUCUGGCUCCACUUCACCAUCGAGGAGCUGCAGAUUUUCCCCCCCGGGCAGAAGAGCCCCCAGAAGGAUUUCCCCUCCUGGCUCUCCCAGCUGACCCCUCCGGAGCAGCCAGCCAGCCUGCACGGGGAGCUCCCCGACCCAGAGAAGGUGUCGACGGAGGUCCAGCAAAUGUGGGUGCUGACGGAGGUGAUCCGGGCUCGCCAGGCAGCUGCCCGCAUCGGGCGCUUCGACGUGGACGGCUGCUAUGAUAUCAACCUGCUUUCCUACACGUGAGCCCCGCCGGUGCUGGCCAGAGGGAGCUGGCUCCUCCGCGCUCCCGCGGCCCAAGCGGACUCCUGCGCUCCCGCAUCGGCCUUCAUCCCUGUGGCCCCAGGGGGUUUCCAGGCCCUCCCCGCGCCCCUUCCCCAACUCCUCCUGCACUGGCUGGCAGCGGUGGGCAGCGCUGCUGCCCUGGAGCCCCCCCCGUGAGCCUCUCCCGCUCUGGUGUCCCCUCCAGCUGCCGUGGCUCUGCGCUUGGCACUGCUGCUGUGGGCAGA